UUAUUUACUGCGAGAUUGCCACGUUUAAAUACGCAUGCGCACACUCCGGAAGCCACGAAUCACAAAAUGGACUAUUUUCGAAAAUAUUUAGGUCCUUCCCAGGGUGGUGUACAACCUACAGGAGCAGAUACUGUUGAAAGAUUGGUAGACAGAGUUCAAUCUUCAACAUUACUGGAUGAUAGACGAGAUGCAGUCCGAGCACUUAAAGCAAUGUCUAAGAAAUUUCGACUGGAGGUUGGGACACAAGCAAUGGAAAUACUCAUAAAAACAUUGGAAACUGACAGGAGUGAUGCAGAGAUAACAGGUUAUGCCUUGGAUGCCUUAUGUAACAUCAUGUCCAAUGAACCGUCAGAAGAAGAUGAUGAGACUCCUAUUCAAGUACAAACUGAUCUUGGUCUCCAGUUUACAGAAAUAUUUACAAAGACUCCCAGUAAUAUAUCUCUAUUGUUAUCUAUGCUAGAGGAAUAUGAUUUCCAUGUGAGAUGGCCAACUGUAAAACUUCUUACAACAUUACUAACAAAUAGAUGUAAAGAGCUACAAGAAUGUAUCCUAGUUAGUCCUAUGGGUGUAUCUAAACUGAUGGACCUGCUUUCAGAUAGUAGAGAGAUUAUUAGAAAUGAUGCCUUAUUACUACUAAUCCAGUUAACCAGGAACAAUGGAAAUAUACAGAAGAUUGUAGCCUUUGAGAAUGCUUUCGAAAGAUUGUUUAGUAUUGUUGAUGAAGAAGGAAACAGUGAUGGAGGUAUAAUUGUAGAGGAUUGUUUGUUAUUGUUGACCAACUUACUAAAGGGUAACAUAUCUAAUCAGAAUUUCUUCAGGGAGAGUAGUUUUAUACAGAGAUUAACACCAUUCUUUGAUAUGGAUUCUGAGGCUCAGAGAUCUCAAGCAGGAUGGUCAGCACAAAAAGUCACCAAUAUACAUCUUAUGCUAGGGCUAGUCAGAAACCUGGUCUCACCCAAUAAUCCUCAACAGCAAACAGCAGCCUGUCAGAGAACUAUGUUUCAGUGUGGUUUAUUGAUGAAAUUAUGCACAAUUCUUAUGGCAAGUGGAGUUCCAGCAGAUGUACUUACUGAGACAAUAAAUACUGUGUCAGAAGUUAUAAGAGGAAAUUUACAGAACCAGGAAUAUUUUGCUUCAGUUUUAGCACCUUCAACACCACCAAGACCAGCUAUAGUAGUUUUACUGAUGUCCAUGGUUAACGAGAAACAACCAUUUACUUUGAGAUGUUCUGUUUUAUAUUGUUUCCAAUCUUUCUUAUAUAAGAAUGAAGUAGGCCAAUCACAGAUUAUACAGACACUACUUCCUACAUCAUCUGAUGUAAACACAAUAACUGCUGGUCAACUAUUGUGUGGAGGAUUGUUCAGUGCUGAUUCCCUGUCUAAUUGGUUUGCAGCUGUAGCUUUACUCCAUGCCAUAGAAGAUAAUCCAUCUCAAAAGGAACAGUUAUUACGAGUCCAGUUAGCAACUAGUAUAGGGAACCCACCAAUAUCAUUAUUACAGCAAUGUUGUAAUAUAUUAGCACAGGGAGGUAAGAUGCAGACUCGUGUAGGUUUACUGAUGUUAUUAAGUGCCUGGUUAGCAGAUAGUACAGUCACAGUAGCACAUUUUCUUGCCAGUACAGCUAAUGUACCAUUUCUUAUAACCCAAGUAUCAGCCUCUGACAGUGAUGAACAUGAAUUGUUAGUCCAGGGUUUAUGUGCGUUCCUGCUAGGUAUAUGUUGUCUUUAUAAUGAUGAUCAAAAUGAAACCUUUAGUAGAGCAUCGUUACGACAGAUUAUAGAAAGAAGAAUAGGAUUAGAAACAUUCACAGACAAAUUAACACAAAUACCAAAAUUUGAAAGCUACACAAAAGCAGCUAAGAAACCACACCUUAAUAGUAAACAAGCCAGCGAUAUUAUAUUUGAUUAUGAAUUUACCAGUAUAUUUAAAUCCUUGGAAUCUGAUGUCUUGAAAGCAGUGUCAUCAGCAGCUUUCAUGGAAGAGAGUAAAAAGAAAAUGGCAAGCAUGCAGGAACAUGAAAAAGUGGUUAAUCAAUAUAAAGGUUUAAUUCAGGAACAGGAUCAAGAAUUAAAUGAGACAAAACAGCUUUAUCAAAUCAUUCAACAAAAAUACACCAAUCAAGAAAAAGAAAUUGGAGAAAUGAAAGAUUUAAUACAACAACUUAAAGAUAAAAAUGCACUUUUAAAGGCACAAAAAGCACCAAGUCCUGCUGUUGAAGAUGGUAAAAAAGAUGAAGAAUUACGUUCUUUACAACAAGAAAUGGAAAAUCUUAGACUUAAUUUAACAGAAAAAGACUCAGCUUUAGGGAGAUUAAAAGACGAUUUGACAAGAGCUGAAGCCCAGAUCAUUACUCAGAACGACACAGAAGAAAACAAAGAAAACAAUCCUAGUGAAAUAGCAGUUUUAAGUGCUACUGUUAAUAGACUAAAUAUAGAUUUAAAAGAAUGUAGACAAAUUAUAACAAAUAAAGACUCAGAAAUUAGUAGAUUACAAGUGCAAUAUAAUGAAGCUAAUAGAGAAGUGGAAACUUUGAAACAAACAGCUGUAGUAAAUAGUCAUUCAGAAGUGGACACUAGUAGUUUAGAAAAGGAAAUUAGUAAGUUAAAGGAGGAAAAAUCACAACUGAUGGAAAGAAUAAAGAAAUCUAACGAAGAAAAUCUCAAAGCAAUCGAUAAAUAUAAUAAACUAGAAGAAGAGAAGAAAUCAAUAGAAAAUGAUAGACUAGGUGUAGAAGAUGAGUUGGACACAUUGAAGAAAGAACAAGAAGAUUUACUAGUUCUCUUAGCAGAUCAAGAUACCAAAAUAGAUAAAUAUAAAACAAAAUUGAAGGAAUUAGGUGAACAGAUUGAAGAUGAUGACGAUGAUGAUGAUCUAGGAGAUGAUUUAGAUGAUGAAGAUGAAGAAUCAUGAUAGACAAAACUCGUUAAAAAAGAUUAGAAAUCUAAUUACUGUGUUAUCAGUAAGAGUAUGGGGCCAAGCGAGUGUGCAGCUAGAAUUGUAAAAGAUAUCUAUGAUGGAUACUUGUUAACAUGGCAAAUAAAAAAUAUUCAAUGAAAUGUAAUUGAUUGAUUGUUACCAAAGUUUAAUAUCUGAAGGGCAAAGUGCUAUUUUGAAACACUAUUUAGUGUCCUGAAAAUUGUAGAAGUGCAUAUCAUAUUCUGGGUUUAUUUUGUUAAAAUUGGGGGAUUUUUUUUUAAUGUAAUUGCUAAUUACAUAAGGUAUUUAAUCUGCUUUCUAAUUUGAUGAUUUUUCUAUUCAGAAUCAGAAUUUUAAAUCUUUAAAAUUAUAUGACAGUAUACAGUAUAAUUUUAAGACAGAUAUUAUUUAUCUUAAUACUUUUAAUAAUGACUAAUUAUAUUGAAAUUUGAGAUAUUCAAAGAUGCAUUACAUAUUGGUCUAUUAAAAAUUAAAAUCAUUAUUUGUAAGUUUCAUUUUUUGGUGAAACAUAAUUUUUUAACUUAUUAGCAUUAGCAUCAUAACAGAAUAUUAUGAGUAUUUACUAACUUAAUCUUAAAUUUAAUUUGAUGAAAUAAGCUUGACAAUUAUCAUCCAUAUUCCAACCAUUUUAACUGAUAAAGAAAAGUCAUAGAUAUAGAUAGGAAUAUAAUAACGCGUGUCUGUCCUUGCCUUCUUUAGAAAUACGAGCUGAAACUAUUUUUUUCAUCUUGCCUGCAUAUAUGAACUUAUGAUGAGUAGAAGUUUAUUCCAACUGUUUUACUUUAAUGAUGUAAGCAAGAGUAAUUCCUCAUUUAUGGACACAGUAGUUUAAUGUAUGUCUGUGAGUAGUUAACAGGGUUUCCAUUAAAUGAUAAAGAGUGUAUGAUAAACAUAUCCAAAAAAACAUGCUUUUUGUGGGGUAGAGCAAGAAAUUCAUUUAUAGAGCUUCCAUGUCAUACCACGCUUUGCUUUUGUAAAGCAAAUAUAAUAGUAAGAGUGAGUGCAAUAACAUUUUGCUUUUAGAUGUACGGUGUAAUUGGAAAGGGCAUAUAUAGAGAUCAUCUUUUCAUGGUAAAAUUUUUCUUUGAACAUAAAAAUGUGAUUUUGGAUAUAGUUUUGAACAGAUAUUCAUUAUACAGGAUGUGUCUUUUUUGCCUUGUAAAACCAAUACAUCAAGGAAGAUUUAAGAUUUUUUUUUUUUAUUUAAGGAGAAAAUGGGUAGGGGUACAUAUGAUAAUAUACAUGAUGUUAUUUAAGAAGUGUGUAUCUCUCUGCUGUGUUAAACCAAAACAUCAAACAUGAUGCCUCUUUUUAUGUCUUUUAAAUGACAUCAAUUCUUCAAACCAGCCAAUCUAUUACCAAUGAAAAAUUCCACAACUCGAAGGGCUGAAAUGGAGAAGGUUCUAUUAAGUAGUCAGUUUAUUUAUUAAUUGUUGUUUGCUGAAUGUCUAGUGGUAAAUUAUGUAGAAUCAUAGCACUGCUUUAUAUAUACAGAAUGAUGGAGCCUAUUGUUAGCUUAAAGUGGAAUGAGUCUACUGCUGGACAGACCAUUCUAGAGAUAAACUAAUAUAAAAAUUCUUUUUAAACUGAUUUAUAAAUGAUAAUUUUUUUCUUCAAAAAAUGUAACUGAGUGAAGGAUUUUAUUUAUUGGUAGUGUAAAUAAAAUAUUGAAUGUUUUGUGUUCCUGCUUUAAUGUGUUUGAACCAACGAUAAGUUUAUUUAUUUCUAACCUUGUAAAGUACUAUGUUAUUUAGAUUUAUAAUCUAUAUUUUUCUACAAAAUCUGUGAUAUUUUUUUCGUUUCUGCUCGAAUGCAAAAAGAUUCAAAAUGUAACACUGCAAUUCUUAGGUAGAUACUAGUGUAUUUAUAUGUUACAAUGUUCAGUGUUUUUUUUCCCAGCUGUAAAAAUUAAAUGUUAUUUUGAAAGUGCAUUUUAAUGUAUGUCAAAAUUAGUUGAUCACAUUUUGUGUUCUUUAAUUUUUUUGUUUAGUCUAGUCGUCACUCUUCAGACAUAUAAAAAAUGUUAGUUAAUUAAACCUUCAUCUGCAUAAAUACAACCAUUGUACAAUAGUAUGUAGUGAUAUUUAAUUUCAUGAAUGGCCCUUGUUUGUGUGUGUGUGUGUGCAUGAUACUCUGUCAUAUUAUUUAGAGAUUCAAAUGUU